AUGCCGAAUAUUAAGUCAGCCCCGGCACAUUCAUUGCUCUGCUGCACGACAAAAGACUUCCAGGCAGCUUUCAAGGAAGUUCUACCCAACAAGUGCUGGGUCUAUAUCUCUAGUAGCGCGAAUUCGGGAGCGUCGCUUCGAGCAAACUUGAAUGACUGGUCUCUCAUCAAUUUUCGGCCUCGAGUCAUGAGAAGUGUCAACUCCUUGAAUACGAAAUAUUCUAUCCUUGACCAGGCCGGGCAAUUUCCAUUCUUCGUAUCAGCCAUGGGAAGCCUGGGUAAUGCACACCUGGGUGCUGAACCUCUGUUGCGCGAGGAGCCACACGCAAGGACGUUCCCAUCGACCGCACAAAGACCAAGUCUCUUAUUCGAAGGGUCAAGGCUGCCGGAUACUAGAGUCUGUGGGUCACUGUGGACACUGCAACACUGGGCGAACGAACAGCAGAUCGAUAUCUACAGGCGCAAGAUACCCUCGACCAUGGCGUCAGAGAAACGGCAAGAGAUGCUGCGGCCGAAAAUGACUUCGGGCCGGCCUCCAAAUGCCGACCCGUUUCUGGAUCCUUGGAUCCUGGACUGA